AUGGUACAAAGUCCCAGGGAACAUUCAAAUGUAGACUUUAAGUACAGGAAUGGCUUGAGUUUCUCUGUUCUUUUCCACCACAGGGAAGCGCUCGGAGACUAUUUAGAUGGGAAGAAGGAGAGUGAGGAAGAUCAAAGCAAGAGCCAUAAACAGAAAGAGGAAAGCAGGCUGAAAUUGGUUAAACUGCUGCUCUGUGGCACCGAGUUGGUGACAAAUGUGCAGGUGGCUACAGACAUCAGAGAAAUCCACAGGAGGGUUGAAGAGGAGGAAGUGAAGCGCCAGAGGCUUGAAAAACUGGAAAACGAAGUCAAGACCAGCCAGGACAAAUUCGAUGAAAUCACCUCCAAGUGGGAGGAAGGCAAACAGAAGAAAAUUCCCCAGGACCUGUGGGAGAUGCUCAACACCCAGCAGGUGCACUGUGCUGGGCUGAUAGAAGACAAGAACAAGCUGAUCAACGAGUUGCAGCAGGAGUUAAAAACAAAGGACGACCAGUACGUGAAGGAUUUGAAGAAACAGUCUGAUGACAUCUGCCUGCUCCUGGAGAGAAUGGAGGAACAGGUGAAGAGCGUAAUGAAAACCUUCCGCCAGGAGCUCAACCACAUCGAGAAAGCAUUUGAGGUGGAGCGACAGGAACUCCUGACCAGUAAUAAGAAGAAAUGGGAGCGGGCCCUGCAGGCUCACAACGCCAAAGAGCUGGAGUAUCUUAUGAACCGUCUCAGGAAAGCCGAGGACUAUGAGAAGCAGCUGAACAAGCAGAGGACAUGGGACAUUGAAGAAUACAACAUGAUCAAGAUCAAGCUGGAGCAGGAUGUGCAGAUUCUUGAGCAACAGCUCCAGCAAAUGAAAGCAACGUAUCAGCUAAACCAGGAGAAGUUAGAGUACAACUUCCAGGUGCUGAAAAAGAGAGACGAAGAAAGCACAGUGAUUAAGUCCCAGCAGAAGAGGAAGAUGAACCGCCUGCAUGAUAUACUUAACAAUUUGAGAUCAAAAUAUGCCAAGCAGACCAAGCAGUAUCAGGAGGAGAACCAGUCACUAACCUCGGACUAUAAACGCCUUGUGAUACAAUUCAAGGAGCUGCAGAAAGCCAUGAGGCAUUUUGCUCUUAUUGAUGAGCAGAAGUUUCGGGAGAUUUGGCUGAUGAAUGAAGAGGAGGCGAAGGAUCUGAUAAGCAGAGCCUUUGAUGUAGACAGGAUCAUCCAUACCCACCACCUGGGGCUCCCCUGGACGGCACCUGACUUCUGGUUCCUGAAGAACGUGGGGCCUAUAUCUCAGCAGCAGCUGCAGAAGUCAGCCACAGAAGUAUUGGAAGAAGUGCUGAUGCAAACAGAAGAAGAGGGGCUGGAAGGGACCGACUCAGAACCAGAGUCUUACCUGGACCUGCCGGGGCAGGUUUCUGCGACCACGACCAGGAAGAUCCUAACGCUCCUGUGUGACGAGUCGGGUUUCCUCAUAGAGAACAAGCUGCUGAGUCUUCUCCUUCCCCUGGAGAAGACCGAGUGCUACCUGCUGAAGUUGGACGCCAUAUUCUCAGCCCUUGGACUUGAAAGUGAGGAUGACUUAUAUAAGCUGGUGAACUUCUUCCUCAAAUACCGGGCUCAUCAUCUCCUCUCCAGCCAGGAGCAAAUGAGCCCGGUGCCAGCAUUGGAGCCAGCAGAGCAGCUAGAAAUCAAGGGAGAAGAAGAGGAAAGUCGUGUGGAAGGAGAGCCAGAAAGCCUUGUGGAAGGGGAGGCAGAAAGCCUUGUGGAAGGGGAGCCAGAAAGCCUUGUGGAAAGGGCGCCAGAAAGCCUUGCGGAAGGGGAGCCAGAAAGCUCUGCUGAAGAGAGGGCCCCCUCUUCUCCCAGGCUCAUCCACCCCAAUGAUGUCCUUAAGAUCCUGGAGGCCUUUGUCAAGGGCCUGAAGAAGCCCAGGGACUCUCGGGCCCCAGUGAAGCUGCUGAAGGAUGAGCGAGAUAACUCCAAGGACUCCGAGUACUGGAAGGCCCUGGCCACGGUUAUCCCUCAACCCACGCAGAACCUCUGGGACGGUCUCUACGCAGCCUUGGAGAAGUACCACCUCGUCCUGACCCAGAGGGCCGAGCUGCUGCUCGAAAACAAUGCGCUGGAGCAGCAGAACACGGAGCUCCAGCUGCUGCUGCAGCAGUACCUAGACUCCAAGAUAAACUCGGAACUGCAAGUUCCUCCGACUCAGGUGUUCCGGAUCCCCACAAAGUCCAACCAGACCUGAAAUGGGUGCUGUGUAAGAGUGGACACCGGUGUUGGUGCCUGAGCCGGAGCUGGCACAUGGGGCCCGGGGAGCUCAG